AUGUUCACUAUUUUUUUCAGCUUUGAUGAUGGCUGUCGUGAUUGUAUUUGUAAAAAUGAUGGUGCAUACUGCAGAACCAAAAAAUGUGUCGAUUACCAGGAUAUAAAUACGAAUCCUGAAGAAUACUGCAGUAAAGUAGUUGAACAGAAUGAAAACAAUGUGACAAAGCAUCGUGACACUAAAAAUGAACCUUCGGAAAAUUCACCUAUUACCUAUGCACAUAAACCAGCAAAUAAAACAGACGAAGGAGUAAAAGGCGAGGAGAUAAAAAAUGAGAAAUCAAAAACAGUUGUCGGUACAUCUUUCAUGUCAUUUGGAGAUUUUGGAGCUGCUUUAGGUAUGAUGCCCAGAGCUUUUGAGAGCGCAUUGCAAGAAAAAGAUGCUAUGGAGAGGAGGCAGGAGAUUUCUGAUGAAGUUCUUGAUGGUGAAGGUAUGAGAAAUGAAAGUGACAGUAUGGAAAACAUUCCACCAAGAUCAGGAGAAGAUGGAAAAGGAGCUUCCUCAACUUCACCCUAUCCUAAUGACGAUAUACCUACCAGCAUAUUGGAUUUAAAUCAAUACCGAGGUAACAAACAAGAGGACGAAAAUGGGUCUAGUGAAGCGGCCGAUGAUGGAGAACAAAGUGAUGAACUAGAAUCUUAUCCGCCUCUAAAUCGGGGCGGAAGUCAUCCCAGAAACGGUGGAUCUGAAAGUCACAACUCCAAUAGGACAAUACUUUUUGAUGACGAUCAAAGAAGAGAUAAAGAAAAUGAUUUAACUCCUAAAAACGAGAAUGGCAAGACAGCUAGAGAUGAUUCCCUGGACUACGAUGCUCAUGACGACAAUUCAUAUGACGAGACAUCGGUAGAUAUGCGUAUGCAGGUGACACCACCACCUAAUUUACAAACCGAUGGAGAUGUUGAUACGUCAAGGCAGAAUUUGAAUGACAAAGAAGAUAGUGGAUUGUUUGUUGGUGACACACAGCAGACAAAUGAUGCACCACAGACCAGUGAUGAAGAAAAACUAGUACAAAACGUCCAGCCGAUGAUGUCUGAGCUAGGUGAUGCAAUAGACACAGAAGAUGUGGAAGCAGUAGUUCAAGUUGCGGAAGGAAUUGUAGACGGUCAGUUGUCAAGUGUAGUAAUGGGUGAUCAGAGUGGAAAAAGCAACCCAGUAGAUAAUAAUAGCACCAAAAAUAAUAACAGCGAUGGUGAAGCAAAAAACGAGGACAGUAAGCGAAGAAGAUCAACAGACCAAAAUUUUUUAUCGUCAAAUGAAGACAACCAGGAUGUUAGCACCACACCAACUCUGCCGACAAAAAACGGAGAAGAUUUACCCCAAAAUAAGCACCCUUCCAAAGUGCCCACCGAUUCAAAAAACGGGGUGAGGCAAACUCCAAAAGGUAACUCAUCAAAAGAGAGUCACUCUGGUGAUUGGGUCUCGAGAGAAAUUACAGUUCAAAGUAGAACGGUGAAAUUGCCGGAUGAGGAAGCAGUAAAACAUAUGCGCGAAAUAUUCCCUAACUCAGGGGGUUCACCACUUCUCGAAGUAGAAGAAAGAGAUACGCAUAGUUUUCAAGAUUCAUUAAAUGGAGAACACGAAAAAGCUGGUGAUCUUAUUCAACCAGUGUCUUUUAGUAGCAGUGAUGGUCAUGAAGGUGAUGUGCUAUUCAAACUUGAGGAGGUACUUCGACAACUUACUGUCUUGACACGUUGUGUGGAAGGGUUGAAGGCGAAAUUCGCUUCAUGCCAAAAGCAACAGCCACAACAACCACAAAGGCAUCCAAAGCCAAUGCCACCUAAACAUCCAGGACCGAAACCCCAUCACAAUGACAAACCAAUGAAAAGAGGCAUUCUUGGUUUUUAA